CGUCGUCGGAGUCUGACAGUCUCGCUGACCUCAGUGUGGCAUUAGGGAGUGACGUGCGAGGUGAUGUUACUACGUGGUUCCUGAACUCUCGGAUACGCCUUCGCCCUCGCUUGCUCCCACGUGGGUACGCCCAACCAUCCUGCUGACAGGACCAGCCCCUACUCUUUGUGGUGGAACCCGAUGGUAGACAACUUGCCCAGGAUGUCGAAUUACCGGAGCAUUGUGGAGGAAUCCCUUCGUCUUUAGUACUAUUGCCCGUGUGACAGUGAGAUGUAUUAUGAGAGAUAGGCGAGUCUCUCAUAGUUGUGGGAAUAGGCCUAUAGCUUUGGUGUGUGUUUUUUUUCUUUUUUCUUACGCCUUUCCUUCCUAACCGAGUGAGCGGAUCUGUGAUGAAUUUUCAUGAGGCAACACUGUAAAUUGAUGAAGAAAUAUUAUUUGGAAGAGAACUAUCGAAGUUUAUAUCAAUAUAUUCAAGAUACGAAAGAGAGCGAAGCACUGUCUCCUCUCUAUGGAUCCACUAGAGCAUAGGGAUCAGGACGAUGUCUUGUCCGAAGCGAGACAGAGAAAGGGGGAUACUCUAGUGUUGCAAAAGCGUUUCGAAGCGCCCAGAAUAAAACUCAGUCGAAAUGAACGCGCCCUUUGAGACUCGCCGAGGAAUCGAAGCGCACGAAGGAAAAUCCGAUAACCGGAAGACGUGACGGGACUUUUCCAGCGAUUCCCCGACGGGAAUGUUCGAAAACAUGAUUGACUGACGAGGCGCGCUGGAAAGUUGUCGAAUACAUCAGAUUUGUUGGAGUUUGAAGGUACCGGUUGAAGUUGUUUUCCAAGUAUCUGACGGCAAAAAUCGAGAGGGAGAAAAGCAAAAAUCUUACUUGUUGGACUUAAACAUAUCAGUUACGGGGGCAGAUGUGUAACGUUUAAAAAGAGAAGUAUUUAAUGUUGGAUAUAUCCGGCAGUUGAGACAAAAGGAUAUUGUGUCAGACAACUGGCAGGAAAUUAAAAAAAAAAAGAAGAAAAGAAAAUCAUGACUUCCGACGAGGAGCCGACGGUCUUCAUCGAAACGUGUUCCGAACAAUUCGCGGAGCUCCUCCGAACGACACGUGACUUGGCGUCCAGUUUCAGGAUACCAAUUACUCGAAGGCGAUAAUAAAGCAAGAGGGGGCCCUGGCGUGGAGAUGAUAAUAAUGUCCGCCCUGAUCAGUGGACUUGGGGCGGCGACGGCGGCGGACGGCCGAAAGUGUCUCAUCCUCUCGGAGCAUUUCGCCGUUCGUUGAUUCCGAAACAGCCGCGCCCGCGCUAUCGUCCGGUAUAGGCGGGCACGAGCGUAUAUACCCACUUAGUACCCAGCGAACGGACCAUCCGAGAGAGAAGAGGCAGUACAGCAGCAGCAGCAGCAGCAGCUCGGUUUGUCGCCCCCCUCGGCGGCUCGUCAGUGUCAGUCAGGAUGCCGUACCAGGGCGAGCGUGAUAAGGGACCCCGAAAAUUCAAAGCAGAUGUCAGGUACCUGAAGAAAUUGCCCGGAGUUCUCGUCGUCAUACAGUUGGUAUGUUGCGCCCUGGGAUUCUUCCUGUCCCUGGGGGCGUCCUUCGUCUGGAGGGGGACGGCGGGACAGUCCUUCUUCACCUUCAUCGUCUUCGUAGCGAGCCUGGGCUGCUUCGUGUGGCUGGUAGUCCACGUCUUUCAACUCUAUACGCUGACGAACAGGACGGUCAACUGGAAUAUAAUGGGCAUCGUGCAUAACGGGGUUUUUGGAUUUUUCGUCAUGAUUGCCAGCUGCGUGAUGAUCGAAGUGGCCUCCGAGGCUAGACCUCUGAGGGCAGCGGGAGUCUUCGGCUUCCUGGGAUUCACGGGUUUCCUGAUGGCGCUCGCCUGGGAGGUGAUGAUGUGGCUUAAGAACCGCGACCCGGGUAUUGGCUUCAACACCGCCACCGUCGUCGAGGGACCGAAACGACCGGAGAGCCUACACAGCAUCGACGGCGAAGUGAACUUGAGGGACGAGAUCGCUUCCAGAGAGGACCACGAGACGGAUGCGGCCGUUGGAUUCGUGGGGAUGAAGGCUCGUCCUGUGUCUUCCUUCAUCCAGGAGCCAAACCAAAAUGGCGAGGUCACCACACCAAUGCUCUACGCGCCUGGAAACGACGACGACGACGAAGCUCCCAGACCGAAGAGAGCGAGUGCCAUCUCGGAGAAGUCAGAGGCCUCCUCUAACAGUUCUUCAGUGCAAGGGGAAUGGCAGACUCCCUCCUGAGAGUCCAUAUUGCAGGAAAACUUGUACUGUAUAGCUUUAAACAGGACUUUCCGAAAGCAUUACGUUGCUCAGAUCUACGUGAUCACUGAGUUGCUGGGAGAGGUGCUCUAACAGUUUUGAGAGGGAAGUCUGCACAUUUGCUCAUAACUUUUCCAUGUGUAUAACCAUAAAGACUUGUAUUGUGAUGAACCAAGUGAAAGAUUUUGGUGCAAAAUCAUCAUAACGGAAUUUGAGACUAUCAUUGUGAUCUUGUAUAUGUCCAAUACUUGGCCUUGAAGACGUACUGCAUAUCGACCUCAUGUUGUCCCUAAUUAAUCAAGAUAUUUUCGCUUUUUUAUGAUGUCUGUUUCAAAUUCCGUUCUACCGCGGAAAAUUUUGUGUGCGUGGAAAAGACAAGUCGCCAUAGAUAUAAGGCAAAGGUAACUGACUGUUAAAUAGUGAGUGCCAUUAUUGUGUCAUCUAAAAUAUAUUAUCUACUGGAAUAAAAUUGGUGCUAAACCCAUCUCAUGAAAACUGAAGAAAUAAAAGUGAAUGACCAGCAAAUCAAAAUUGUAUCAACUUGAUUGACAUAUGAAUAAAAUAAGUCCCGAAAUAUUUUUGCUCAUUAUUAAGUAGCUCUGGAUUUUCAACCGAUCGCCAAACGUAUUGACUUGUGAGCCCAAGCAAACAGGAAAUUUCUAUAAGCCUAGCAUCCUUUUGCACAGAUUGUAAGACCUUUUCGGUACCUAAAGAUAUUUGAAACCGAUUGACGAUGUAUGCAAUGCUAUUCAAAGUAAAGCUAAACUGUCAAAGAGAACUUGCGAUUCAAAUGUCACGGGAAAAUCGUAAUGAUAUGCAGCAGUUCACUGGCCACAAGUUCGUUAGAAUUUCCAGAAUAAUUUCAAACCUCUGCAUCAUCAGUUCAAGUCUGACAUUUAAUGACAAAUGAACAAUGAUACAGUCAGAUUUUUUAGUACUCUUCAAAAGUAAUACAUAUAAUGAACAACGACAGAAUUGCCCAAAUGAAACUGACCAAUAAGCUUAGAGACUAAUGUGAUUCGUGUCCAUUAUUUGAAAUUCGACGCAUGCGCGGUGAGAUUCCCACCAUUAUGCCACCUCAAGUUCCCUUAUUAGACCGACAUAGAAGUGAAACAUUAAAGCUUUUAUAUGUAUUACCACAAACAGUUUUCUUAAGUGCACCCGAUGUGCGAUGCUUUCGACAAGUGAUGGAGAAUCAAUCAUUUCAGCAUAAUGUUGCAUCUCGUAAUCUCUGCCCGUAACCAUAUCCAGCUCCAAGUGGCCUCGAGUAACCGUUGACUGCCAGGUUUUGAAACCGCCUUGAGCAAUGAGAUCUUCCGGCAUUCCUUGGAAAUAUUGGGGAAUCAUUUUUCUUUGUCUUGUUUUUUGUAAUUGACUUUUAGAUCUUAUCAGUCGCUUUUGGUGUUUAAAUAUCCCGUGGAAGUGUUGUCAGUUUUGUAUUGAAGCAGAAGACCACCUUAGGACUUUUUCAAGAUUCGUGUUUAGAAAGAGUAGGUAGUACUACUACGUCGCGGCGUCGUCGUGGAUUUAGUGAGGACUAUAGCGUGAUUUAUUUUGAUAACGUAGAGUAUAGGUGACCAUAGUGAAUACAUCUCUUGUACUUUUUGAAUGAUCGGAUGGAGUAAUGGCAUAGAUAGCUGGAAAUUCAUGUCAACUUUUUCAACACUGCAUUUGCAGUGCGAAUGAACACGUCGAUGGAGUUAGGGAUCACAGUUUUGAUCUGCAUUGUUUGAUGGUGUGCUCUUGUCUUUCAGAGAACCUUUGAUCCACUUUCUGCCGAUUUUCGUCGAAGAAUGAGCCACUCACGGUGUUUAUGGUUGUAGUACGUAUUCCAUUUUAAAAGAAUGUUCUUUGUGGAAAAUGCGAUUGUCACCUGAAUUGCGUGGCAUUCCAGAAUCCAGAACACGCAGGCUGAAAUAGAAAAACAAAAUUUCUUCUUUGAGGUCAAAGUAACCUCCCUGGAUUAACUUAGAAUUUAAUUUUUUUUUAACUUGCAAUAACGAGCCAUUUUGCCGCGAGUUGGCAUCUGGUGCUAAAUUACCUUCAUGACCUUGGUAUGUAGUAAAUGGGUUUUGACCGUAAAUACUUUACACCCACCCAUCCUAUGAAGAUCAUGAUAUGAAUCCGGUUUUAUUAGAUCAUAACUUCUUUUGUUUAUUGCACGAGGUGUCAAAAUAAGAGAGGUUUCGUUUCUAAAUAAAACGAAAAGAUAUUGUAAUCUUGUCCUUGAGGUAAAUCACCAUACUGUAAACACUUGCUCUAAUUUGUUUUAACUGUUAGUUGGCAACACAUGUCCACUUCAGCUCCUCAAUAAUAACUUGAAAGAUGAGACGUGUUUUUAUUUUAUUUACUUAUUUAUUUUUUGUUUUUGUUUUUGGUUUUUCAAGCUGUUGUACUUAAACAAUAUUUUAGUAUGAAAUUUGACGACGUUUUCAUACUUAUCCCUUAGAAAUCAACACCUGUUGAUAAUCCAGAGGUUGCUGCUGCUCUUCUGUUUCUCGUCUAAGUGUUUAAACUAUUCUCUUGUUUAUCGUCUCCAGAUGUGUUCCAAUUUUCGACUUGGCGGAAACGAGUUAUCACAAACUUCGCCAAAUUACAUAAAUUCCUCAACGGAUACCAAACUCAUUUUCCUUGCGUUUUGUUUUUCUUUUUAUGUUCUUAUAUUCAGUAUCAUUUCCUGUAUGUGUACGUAAACAAUUGUGUUAAAUGUUGUUUGGAGUAAGAAUUAUUCCGAUUUAGUCGACGCAGCUGUUAGAAAAUGACAAAAAAAUGCAGGAAUUUUCAUACAUUUAGUGAUUGAACAAUGUUAGCCAGACUUGCCUGCGAAGACCAGAUAUAAAUAAUCUGCUUAAUUUAUUAUUAUUAUUAUUAUGAUUAUUAUUAUUAUUAUUAUUAUUAUUAUUAUUAUUAUUUCGUGAUUUGAGCAAUGU